CGCUUGAGUCUAUUCAAUCAAUUUAAAAAAUAUAAGGUAUCGUGACCAAAUGAAACGGGCUAUACCGAGGGGACAUACAUGGGCAGGAUGAUCAAGAUUUGCCGGCAAAGAAGUGUCCACGCCAGUUUUCGAGGGCAAAGCCCCACGAGCCGCUAUCAGCUUGAAGAAGGACUGACUAUGUCAUCUUCAUCCCAUCUCGUGAGCGAGCAGCAAGUUAGGCCCCAGAACUCUCAUAGCCAAUCUCGUCCCAUACUCGAUGACGAUACGGACGAUGAAGAACUAGCACACAGGAGCAUACACCCAAGGGUUGAAGACGAGAGAUCUUUUUACCGAAAAGUGGAAGCAAGUGCGCAAAUUGGGCGGGAUUGGGUUGCUCAGUGGUUGAAAGGCUAUGGCAAGACCAAACUGCCAAAAAAAAAAAAAAGUUUAGAUAAUGUCCAUGGAUUGCUGAAUUUUCACCCUAUUUACAAUGGCAACUUGAUCCUUUUUCCGGACGAAGGGAUACACCUGUUUCACUUCAAAGCCCAUGCAACUUCACAAAUAGUCUUCAGUCCUUGCCAAACAUCGGAUUAGAAUGCGCGUGGGUUGCAAUGGAUACCGCUCUUUCCCCCACCAAUAAUGGCCGACACUUUAGCUCCAAAUUCAAAUGGAUCACCAUUAUAAAGCACCAAGCCCGAAGGAUUUCUGGGAAGCCCUGCGAUUUGCGCUAGAUUCCAGCUCAGCAGGCCGAUGGCUUCCUUCUCUGUCAGACCCAAA